AUGGAAAACUCAGAUUCUAGCGAUCAAGGAAAUGACCAAUCUGCAGCACAGCGCAGAAGGCAAAUGGAUCCAUUGGAUCGGGAAGAAGCUUUCUAUCGAUUUGUAAAUAAUCUGAGCGGAGAAGACUAUCGACUUAUGAGAGACAACAAUUUGCCAAGCACCGCAAGUCAAAGUACUGAGGAGGAGCUUCUCAGAGGACUACAGCAAAUUAAAGAGGGGCCACCACCACCACCCCUGCCACAGAGCUCAGAAGAAAAUAGACGUGGAGUCUCUUCAGAUGACCUGUCCAAUGGUGAGUCCAUAACAGAUUGGCCUAACUCUGUCAGCCAGACUGGCAAUACAACAAGAAGUGGUCAGAGAGGAAAUCAGUCCUGGAGGGCAGUGAGCCAGACUAACCCAAACAGUGGUGAUUUCAGAUUCAGUUUAGAGACAAAUGUCAACCGUAAUAAUGGAAGCCAAACCCCAGAGAAUGAAAAUAAAACAUCUGCUACUCGUCUUAAUGUAGAAAACAUGGACAGUAGCAGUCAAAGGCAAAUGGUAAAUUCAGCAUCUGACACAUCAUCUGCCAGAAUACCUAGUUCAGAAUGCAGUUCUGCUGAAGCAUUAACAGAAGUGCCAUCCACCAGAGGUCGGAGGAGGGAAAGAAGCCGGAAACCCGAACACCAGAGAAGAACCAGAGCCAGAGCUGAGAGAAGUAGGUCCUCUCUGCACCCAGCAAAUGCAAUUCCACGAAGAUCUCAUCAUAGCAUCUCAUCUCAGACUUUUGAGCACCCUUUGGUAAACGAGAUCGAGGGAAGUUCUAGGGCCCCUUGCCUUGGGACUUUGAGACAGCACAUAACUGGACCUGAGUUGCUAGGUAGAGGUCCUUGUGCGGCUUCUGGGUCAAGAAAUUCUGCAGCUCAAGGGACAAGUUAUUCAGACACGGAUACCAAUGGUGAAGCGGCAGGAUCUGGUCAAAGACCUCCAACCAGAGACCUUCAAGUCAGAAGGGGUCUGCUGGGAGAAUACCCGCAGAGAGAGAGCAUAGCUAGCAGAACUCGGUCAAGGUCUCAGACCCCAAACAACACAGUCACUUCUGAAAGAGAAGAUGGAGGUUUUAUACGCACCUUUACACUUUUGGGACGUGCAGCUGGGAGAACCUAUGUGAGUAGAGACGGGUUUUCCACUCUUACAAUCUUCGAUCCUGGAUCAAGGGAAACUACAACUGUUCCGAUUCAAACCAGGCUAAGGCAGAGAUCGACAAGUUUGGGUGAGCUUCCAUGGAGUGGAAGACCUUCCGAUGGUUACAGUUCAGAAACUCUCUCAGCGAUGUUUGAAGGAGGAGUACUUUGCUUCUACAUGAUGGCAUUAGGAGGAAAAUUCUGUCAUUUCUCUAUAUUUGUCCUGCCCGGGACUAGCUGCUCUCAGGACCUGCUGCCCCCUCUGCUCUUGGGACCCACUGCCCCCUGCAUGCCAGGCAGCUGCAAAUCCAUUACAUUUGGUACAAUGAUUCAGAUAGACUCUCCUGCCCUGAACCUCUCUCCCAGGGUCGGGAUCCUGAACCAGGUGGCUCUGGGAGUCUCCAUGGAACCAAACCAUUAUAAGAAACCCCAAACUGCUGAAUCUACAAGGGAUUGA